AUGGACGUCCUCUGUCUCUCCCUCAGAACUGCUGGUCGAUUGGUGGUGUACAACCUGGUCGUUCCCGGCCUCGACAUGGCGCUGACGGACCUCUCGCGUCGACCUCUCGGCCGCUUCGGCGGUGACAGCCUCCGCGUAAGCCACUUCGUAGCCACUGCGGCCAGAGUUGUUGACAAGUUUGAUGAAGGGGUCCCUGAAGAUGAUCUUCCUGCCAUUGGUCUCAUACGGAAAAGCGUCUCCUCCAGCCUCCUGGAUGCCGAUCAGCGAUACCGUGGGAAGGCGACGUCUCGCAAAGCCUUGGAAGACCAGCUGUGGGAGCAAACUUCGGGGGAAGAGGAAACCGAUGAAAGUGACCUGGGCAGUGAAUCCCUGGAGGAGGAGUUGGAUGAUGAAGAAGACCCAGACAUGGAGGAGGAGGAGGAGGAGGAGGAGGCGUCCGCUCCACCCAGUGUUGACCGUGGUGAGGAGAAAGAGAGCCAUCCGCCAGCGACCCUGAAGAAAGCAGCUUUCUGUUUCCAGGCUAUUGACGAUUUUGAGAAGUUUGCUGAGGGGAUGGAUGAAAUUGAGAGCGGGGAUGAGGAGGACGAGGGCAGUGUGGAAGAAGGCAGCAGCGAUGAAGCCGUUUCCGAGGAAAGCUCUGAAGUGGAGGAUGAAGUAGUGGGUGCGGAAGAGAGCAAGGACGAUGGGACGCUUUUGACGUUCUCUGAAGACAAAGUGGGCGAAGAAGUAGAGAAGGGGAGAGCUGUGAUAAAUCAAAUAGCACUGUGGGACCAGCUCCUGGAAGGGAGGAUCAAGCUGCAGAAGGCCCUCGUGACUGCUAACCAGCUUCCGCAGCCGGAUACCUUCCCCAAGUUCAAGAAGAGAGGGGGACCAGAGUUUGCCACUGCCCUUAAAGACAAUCACAAAGCCCUGAAGGCUCUGCUGAGAGCGCUGGUGGAUCUUCAGGACGAGCUGCUCUACCAGUAUUCAGGCACGCAGCAUCUGGUGGUUGGCGGGCAAUCCGCAGAAGCAGAGAGUAUGGAAGAGAUCCCAAGCGGGAGCGACGACGAAGGAGAACACGCGAAGAGGGAGAGGUUGCCAAAAAGGCCGCUUAAACGGAAGCUUGCGAUGGACGAAUACCCAGAGUUUGCAGCCAAGCGAUUUGCCGACUUCCGGGCCUAUCGGAACAGCACCUUGCAGAAGUGGCACGACAAGACCAAGCUGGCUUCUGGCAAACUGGGAAAGGGUUUUGGUGCCUUUGAGCGUUCAAUCUUGACUCAGAUUGAGCAUAUUCUGAUGGACAAAGAGAGAUUACUCCGGCGGACGCAGACCAAGCGCUCGGUCUACAGGGUGCUGGGGAAGCCGUUGCGGGAGCCUGAGCCGCUUCCGGAAGCUUUGCCAGGACAGACGGAGGCCCUUCCACUAGCUGCAGCCAACGCCCAUCUCAAAGACCUGGAUGAAGAGAUCUUUGAUGACGAUGACUUUUACCAUCAGCUUCUCCGUGAACUUAUUGAGCGUAAAACCAGCUCCUUGGACCCAAAUGAUCAAGUAGCAAUGGGAAGGCAGUGGCUGGCUAUUCAGAAAUUGCGGAGCAAAAUCCGAAAGAAGGUGGACCGAAAGGCCAGCAAGGGAAGGAAGAUCCGGUAUCACGUCCACAGCAAGCUGGUGAGCUUCAUGGCGCCCAUAGACCACUGCACAAUGAAUGACGAUGCCAGAACUGAACUUUAUCGGUCAUUAUUCGGCAAGAGAGCUCAUCUUGAACAAGGUGACCAGCCUUAGGAGCCACGAGAGCGGAGCCGUUUGCUGUGUUCAAUCCACUUCCACGACACAGCGACACCCCCGGCCCUUCCUCUCCAGCUGUCACUUCCAUGGAGUCCGUUCUGCGGCCACUGGUGGAGUUUGGCUGAGUGGAGUGAGAGGCAGGAGGGGGGGCGCCCGCUCCUCUUCCGCCUCCCCCCACCGUCUGCAUUCUGCCCAACUUCGCUGCCCUUCCCCACAGCAGGCGCCUUUGAGACGCGGACUGAUCGGUGCUCAGGAAGGCAUCAGGCAGAGCCACCCUGCUGGAACGUGUCAACUCAGUAUCAAGCGUGAAACAGGCCCUGAGAGGCUGGUGCAAGACCUGAAAGGCUGGCAAAGCGAACCUCUUCCGAAGUCUCGGAGGAGCUGUCGAUAGGCCCAGACCUAAUGAAGGCAGAGCGCAGCGACCUCCUCACACACAAAGACGGCUCAUCGGAAAGUCCCAAAAGAGUUUUGCAUCACCUUGUGUAAUGGGAUGCCUCCAAAUGGGCCUGCGACUCAUCGGAAAUUGGGCCCGCGUGUUUUGCUAGAGAAAGAACUUCCACUCUUUAAUGGAUGUUGCCGCUGAUUACUCUUCUCUUGAACGGGGCUCAGCGUUUUAGAUCCCUGACUUGCGGGGGGUGGGGGAGGACGACUUUUUCUGAUUUCUCCUACAUACGUUUUGGAAAAUGCAGGAAGGGAAUUAUCAACCUCAACAGCGGCCCUCUCCAUCGACACCCUGAACUUCCAAAGGUUCUAUUUAUUAGUCUUCUGAUCAAUAGUUCCCAACCGGACCAGCCCAUGAAGUCUCAUUGCUCUUUAGAUGUAAUAAUAUGUAAUCCAUAAAAGCUUGUGAGUUUUUCUGCAACUGUAGAUCUUGUACGCAUUUAAUUAUUGUUGCUGAAUUCACCGAGACCUCUUUCCUCCC